CGUCGCAUUGCCAAUGAAUUUGUGUGUCGCAAGUCGGCUUGGGAUUCAUUUGUAGUUUGAAAUUCGUAUUGUAUUUUUUCGCUUUCAUUCAACAUAACAAAAAAUACUGUAUAAUUUUGUCCAUUUAGCGAUCAUCGGAAAAGGAGCAACACAAAGCGAACAAGCAUAAAGAUGCCACGAAACGUACGACAAAAGAAGCGCGCCGAGCGUCGCAUGCAACAAGCUAAGAAUGCCACCAUUGCCCCAGUUGGCGUGCCAGUUGCUGUCUCUGUGGGCAAGGAGAGGUCGUUGCCAGCUUCGGAGUGCAAUGGCAAGAAGAAGCCUGGCCACAGCCAGAUGGAUAAGCAAGCCAUGGGUGAUGGUGGAAUGAAGUGUAGCGACAACGACAACGACAACAAGAACGAGAACGAGAAAGACGAAAACAACAUUAAAAGCAGCAGCAACGAGAAGAACAACAAUAUCAGCGAUGAUGACGGCGACAACUAUAUCGAGGGAAGCGACAAGAACGCGUGCUCGAGCAACAGCAACAGCAGCCUCAACGUCAAUGCGAACAUGAGGAAGCCGCGCGCAUCUCGCGCUGAUCCGAUAUUGGCAGCACUGAGCCGCAACUCGCUGCGCAUGAGCGAUGUGCAGCUGCUGCAUGGUCCGCACUGGAUCAACGAGGCGAUUGUGAACUUCUAUUUCGCCUACAUGGAGGAGAUCAAGUACAAGGCCAACGAUGACUUUCUCUUCCUCACGCCCGAGAUGUCGCAGUGCAUGCUGUACAUGGACGACAAGGAGCUGCACUCGCUGCUCGUUGCCCAGUACAAGGCGACGCGCAAGUCCUUCAUAUUCAUGGCCUUGAAUGGGGUGCGCACUCGGGAUCGUAAUACGGCGCACUUUACGCUCUUGGUUGCCUCGCGACCCGACAAGGCCUUCUAUCACUUUGACUCGUAUGGAGGCAACAAUUCAAGUGAGUCGCUGGAGCUGUCCAACAACAUCAAGGAUGUGCUGGAGAUGCAGCACGCGCGCUUCCGCUGCCAGCGCUGCUUGCAGCAGACCAACGACUACGAUUGCGGCAUUCAUGUCAUUUGCAUGGUCGAUCAGCUGACCGACUAUGUGAAUCGCUAUGACAGCCUCGAUGGGGUCCAGCCGCUGCCCCAGGAUGUCGUCAAGGCCAAGCGCAAUCAGCUAAUCAAGCUCGUCGCAUCGCUGGGUAAGCUCAUCGCUUAGAAUGAGCCCAUCUACGUCGUUCUCUCCGUCUCUCAAAAACACAGCGACAACAACAACGACAACUACUGCAAAAUGCGGUAGAAACUAAAACAAAAAAUGCGUUUGUAUUUUGUGAACACACACAACACUAACACACUGUAAGAAGCAACUUCUCAGCAUAUUGACAGAGACAUUAAAUGACAUUGAAUAAUA